CAUGCGCACUUGGAAGGUUUUUCUCGAACGCCGCCUCAUAGCGACGGCUGUAGGAAGCGAGGAGAUGAGCAGCAGCGGCGGUUCAAGUCCGGCGGCGGCUCUGAGCCCCAGUAAAAGCGGCGAGUCUCCGUUUCCCGGUGGCGGUAGCAAGAAGCGGGAUUCGCUGGGCUCGGCGUCAUCCCAAGCUAUUUUGAAAGAUGUUGGAGAAAUAUAUUCUCGGCUUUUGGAUCACAGGCCAGUCAUUCAAGGAGAAAUUCGUUAUUUCAUUAAAGAAUUUGAAGAAAAACGUGGUCUCCGAGAAGUCCGGGUUCUUGAAAACCUAAAGAGCACUGUUUUUGAGGCAAAUAAUAAAACUCUGCCAAAGUGUGAACAAAUAAUGCGUGGAAAUCUAAAUGAAGCCCUCAGCAGAUUACAAAUAGCGAAUGACAUGAUCAACAGAUUGCAGCAAAGAGAACAGGAGGAAAGACAGCUUCAGACUGAGAAGCUAAUGGCUGAUGAAACACAACGUAGAGCAUUGUGGGAUGAAUUCAUGAAGGAACAGAACAAUAUAAAAGCAGUUGUGGAUGAAGAGCACGCAAAAGCUAUGGAGCGCCUUAAAGAACAAUAUGCUGCAAUGGAAAAGGACUUGGCCAAACAUACUCUUUAAAAAAAACCACAGUUACAGUGAGAAUGAUCUUCAUUUACAGUAUUCUUAUCUUAUUCUCAUAAUAUCCCAACAUUUUUCAGUUACUGGGAGCCUGGAACUCAGAUGAUAUACCAGGAAUAGCAAAAACAAAAUACCUGAGCAGCAAGUAUAAUAUAUAUCUAGUUCUGAGUAAUCAUUUUCUAUGUCGUAUUUUUUUAAACAUCAGAUGAUCCAGGAGGGGAAAUACCUUUCUCCCUCAGUAAACUAGAUUAGCUUCAAUGUCUUGUACACACAUCUUAUUCUUCAUGCAGGCCAUUCAAAUAACUUUCAUAUUUCCCAAAGAGCAGAAACUUUAGAUAAUGGACUUACUGGGCUAGGGAGGGAGCAUAAAUACUUGCAGAAGUAUUGUGGCUAUCUUAUCCCACCAAGCUGUGAAAAUACAAUGCUCUGAAGUUUGUGGACAAACUGUUUAUAAUAGUGAAGUCACCAACUGAAGUCACUACAUGGUUUGUUUUGACAAAUUAGGAUUGUAAAAAUAGAUUCACUCCUAAUGUAUUUUUCCAUUAUCCAAUAUGUAUUUGUUCUGCUGAUGGUUAAUGAUACAAGAAAUAACAAUUUUGUUUGUUCUCAGUUACAUAUUGGGCACUGCUAAAACUUUUGUCUGUCGCAAUACUUAAUGUUAAAUGGUGGUGACCUAUUUUUUGUUACUGUGGCAGGCUCAAUAACUCUUCUUUGACAUGAAGAACUUCACAUAUCAGAAGCACAUGGUAUUAUGGAGCAUGACGACGACUUCCAGUCUCCACUCAAAUUAAUCUGUGUUAAAUAUUACCUUAAUGGAAGGAAGUUUCUUGAUUAGCCCUUUGUAACUUUUUUAAUGCAUUAAUGGCAGGAUAAAAGCUGAAGCAGGCUGGCUAAGGGACAGGAAAAUCAAGUAUUAUUUUAACGGUGAGGCAGUAUGUAAAAUAGGAACAUGUAAAACAAAAUUACUCAUCUGUGUUGUGACUGCAAUAGGCCAACAAUGGUUGACUGUAUGAAUUGUAUGGCUUAGUGUCAAGGCUCCAUCCUGGCAGCCUGUUGAUAAUGUGAUUAAAGUGAGCAGAGGAGA